AACUAAUAAAACCAUAAUAGUGACAAUAUUGCGCAAAACGCGCGUUCUGGAUCUCAUGAAUAUUAAUGUUGCGUCAUUAAUAUUACGCAGGAGCGUCGUCCACGUGACGUCUUUAUACUCCCGCCUCUACAGGUGACGCAUUUUCCGCCAAGAUGGUUGUCGGUGCCUUUCCGAUUGCAAAGCUGCUCUAUCUGGGCGUACGACAAUUAAGCAAACCGGUGGCUAACAGGAUAAAAGCAGGGGCGCGGAGAAGCGAAUUCUUUAAGAAUUAUAUCUGCCUUCCUCCAGCUCAAGCGUAUCACUGGAUCGAGAUGAGAACAAAGAUGAGAAUUAUGGGUUUCCGUGGCUCCACCAUCAAACCCCUGAAUGAAGACGCAGCUGCAGAGCUCGGAGCAGAGCUGCUCGGGGAAGCUAUCAUUUUCCUCAUCGGCGGAGGUUGCAUGGUGCUCGAGUACAGCCGCCAGGCCACCAACUCCAGGCGCAAAGAAGAGGAGCUUGCACAAAACAUUAACAGCCUUCAGACACAACUAGGAGAGCUUGCGCUAGCCACAGAGACACUGGACGCCCAGAUCAGAGAGGUUAAUAGACUUCUGUUGUCCUUCCCGGCCGCUCCAAGUAACAAGUAACGACAUGCAUCGCUAAAAUACGCCUGUUCUAAGAAGGGCAAAGAGACUGAUUUAUGAAAACAUAUCAGUAGUGGUGCAGCACUGCCAUAUAUACACACACACACACACACGCUCAAAGUCUUGGUUCGGCCAUUUCACACAAACAACGGAACCCAAAGCUGUACAAACGAAGAAGGAACAGAGAGUUUGUGUGUGAUUUUUGAGUGACUGGUCACCAGCAUCACAUUUUUUCGUUAUGUUUGGUUGGAUGAUGCCAUUUUCAGUCGAAGGUUCUAGUUGUUUGAUGACUCUUUAAACCAUCGCCAGUGCUUGACCGCUCAUCGGUUUGGAGGUUGAUUUCAUAAUGUUUUCUUCAUAUAAUAUGCUGAUCGUUUAUUAAUGAUUUGAAAAUGCACUUGAGUUUUCGAUACUUGAAUCACAAAAUCCAUAUAGUAAAUAUGGAUGUGUCCCUCGAUAUAGGAAACAGAGAGCUGUCUCUGUGUGUCCUGCAAGAAAAUCCCCGUUACAUUAAAAGACAGCUGUGUUUAAUAUGGCAUGUGUAUAUGGGUGUAUAUUUAUGAUUGUAAAAUAAAGUGAAAUAUUCUGA